AGGGGGAGGAGGUGGGGGAGGUGGUAGUGGUGGAGGUGGAGGCUGAAGCCGAAACCGAGCAAGAGGUGGCAGAGGUGGGGCGGCGCGGCGAGGCGCGCGGCCCAGAAGCGUUGGAAACCUGAAUUGAGACGGCAGCGCCUGAAAACAGCAGGAGUGGCGGGGCCGCUGCCGGCGCCUAAGAGAUGAGCCGGGAAGCCUGAGGCGGAGACGCCCGCCCUCGGGCCUGUCCGCCCGGCUUCCCCAUUCCCGGAUACUGGAAGAUGAAAGAGACUAUACAAGGGACUGGAUCUUGGGGGCCUGAGCCUCCCAGACCUGGCACAGCUUACACAAGCCCCAGGCGGGAGCGUCUUCGUUGGCCCCCACCUCCUAAACCACGGCUCAAGUCAGGUGGAGGAUUUGGGCCAGAUCCUGGGUCAGGGACCACAGUGCCAGCCAGGCGUCUCCCUGUUCCUAGACCCUCUUUUGAUGCCUCAGCUAGUGAAGAGGAGGAAGAGGAGGAAGAUGAAGAAGAUGAAGAUGAGGAAGAGGAAGUGGCAGCAUGGAGGUUGCACCCCAGAUGGAGUCAACUGGGAGCUUCCCAGCGGUCUCGCCCUCCCCGCCCCACUCAUCGAAAAACCUGUUCACAGCGCCGCCGCAGAGCCAUGAGAGCCUUCCAGAUGCUGCUCUAUUCAAAAAGCACCUCGCUGACAUUCCACUGGAAGCUUUGGGGGCGCCACCGGGGCCGACGGAGGAGCCUUGCACACCCCAAGAACCAUCUCUCACCCCAGGAGGGGGGUGCAACGCCACAGGUGCCAUCCCCCUGCUGUCGUUUUGACUCUCCCAGGGGGCCACCCCCGCCUCGACUGGGUCUGCUAGGUGCUCUCAUGGCUGAGGAUGGGGUGAGAGGGUCUCCACCAAUACCCUCUGGGCCCCCCAUGGAGGAAGAUGGACUGAGGUGGACUCCAAAGUCUCCUCUGGACCCUGACACGGGUCUCCUGUCAUGUACUCUUCCCAAUGGCUUUGGGGGACCACCUGGGCCAGAAGGGGAGCGUAGUCUGGCACCCCCUGAUGCCAGCAUCCUCAUCAGCAAUGUGUGCAGCAUUGGGGACCAUGUGGCUCAGGAACUUUUUCAGGGCUCUGAUUUGGGUGCUGCGGAAGAAGCAGAGCGGCCUGGGGAGAAAGCUGGCCAGCACAGCCCCCUACGGGAAGAACAUGUGACUUGUGUGCAGAGCAUCUUGGAUGAAUUCCUUCAGACUUAUGGUAGCCUCAUUCCCCUCAGCACUGAUGAGGUAGUAGAAAAGUUGGAGGACAUUUUCCAACAGGAGUUCUCUACACCAUCUAGGAAGGGCCUGGUACUACAGCUAAUCCAGUCAUACCAGCGGAUGCCAGGCAAUGCCAUGGUGAGGGGCUUCCGAGUCUCCUAUAAGCGGCAUGUGCUGACUAUGGAUGACUUGGGGACCUUGUAUGGACAGAACUGGCUCAAUGACCAGGUGAUGAACAUGUAUGGAGACCUAGUCAUGGACACAGUUCCUGAAAAGUUCUUUGUGUCAUUGGCACAGGUGCAUUUCUUCAACAGUUUCUUCUAUGAUAAACUCCGUACCAAGGGUUAUGAUGGGGUGAAAAGGUGGACCAAAAAUGUGGACAUCUUCAAUAAGGAGCUCCUGUUAAUCCCCAUACACCUGGAGGUACACUGGUCCCUCAUUUCUGUUGAUGUGAGGCAACGCACCAUCACUUACUUUGACUCACAGCGCACUCUAAAUCGCCGUUGCCCUAAGCAUAUUGCCAAGUAUCUACAGGCAGAGGCAGUGAAGAAAGACCGACUGGAUUUCCACCAGGGCUGGAAAGGUUACUUUAAAAUGAAUGUGGCCAGGCAAAAUAAUGACAGUGAUUGUGGAGCCUUUGUUUUGCAGUACUGCAAGCACCUGGCCCUGUCUCAGCCAUUCAGCUUCACCCAGCAGGACAUGCCCAAACUUCGACGGCAGAUCUACAAGGAGCUGUGUCACUGCAAACUCACUGUGUGAGCCUCGCACCCCAGACCCUAGGCCCAUUAAUGGGCAGGGGGACAUGGGAUACCCUUCCCAAGAAACUCCAGUUCUUUUCCUCUUGCCUCUCCCCUCCCACUACCUUUUUUCAUAUUUAAAUGUUUGAUUUCUGUAUUUUUUUUCUUUGAGAGAAUCUUCUUGAUUUCUGAUAGGCAGGGAGUGGCCACGGAAAAGCCCUUUUCUUCCUCUUUGCAGAGAGGAGUAUUGCCUUGUGGCCUGGGUGGAGCAGUCAUCCCCCUUCCAUGCACAGGGGGCUGGAAAUCCUUGUGGGGUGGGGGGAGCAAAGGGAUUACUGCCUGCCAAAUCUUCAAACUUUUUUUUAUAUAUAUAUAUAUAUAUAAACGCCACGGUCCUGCUCUGGUUAAUAAAGGAUCCUUUGGAGAUA